AUGAACACCACUUAAAUGAUACCUACUUAUUAAGAUGUCAAAACUGGAACUACAUGGCUUGGUGGACCAACUCAUGUUCUUUAAGAAUAGCAUAUUCCUGGAUAUAAAGGUCAUGUUAAAGGUGUUUAAGCAGAGAGUUUACAUGGUAAAACUUUUGCUCGUAUCACUGCUGAGUGCUUAAAUAAUAGAUAUAAGAGCGGGUUUAUUGUUGAUGAUGAAGAGAGAUUUAAAACUAAUUACCAAUUAGAAUAUAUAAGACCUAAUUUAAGAAAUAAUCCAACAUUCACUAAUAAUGCCAGUAACGUACUCAAUAAUAGAUAAAGAGAUGACGAAGUUGAAAGAUUAGAAUUAAUAAAAGCAUAGUUAAACUCUCAACCAAAAACGAUAGAAGAUGUACCUCCCAUCGAUAGAGUUCCAGUAAUUGGAUAUUAAGGAUUCAGACCAGUUUAUAGACAUCCUUUGAAAUAAGUAAAGGGUCCUACUGAAGACGAAAUAGACUUUUAAGCUAGGACAAUUCUUGAACUCACAAAAGGACAAAAGGAAGCCCCUAAAGAAAUUCCUAUUGUAGGUUAUACUGGUUUCUAAAAAGGAAUUAAAGCUGAAAAUAUGUUUGGUAAAACUUUCAAAGAUUUAAGCAAUGCAAGCAACAGAAUUUUUUGA